CCUGCGGACGUGCGGCGUGCUUUUCUGUGAACCUGAUCGAAUCCCAGGAAAGAGGAAGGGGAAGGAAGGGAGGGGACCAAGAGAGAGUUCGGUGGCCCAAGUUUUGUACUUUUCCGGCGCUGGAGAGAGGUUGGAGAUGAAGAUGGAGAUGAAGACAAUGAAAGGAGGAUCACAGGCAGCCUUCCAGUUCGAUCAGGAGUAACUGUUUCGUUGAUCUCCAUCUCUUUCUCUAUCUAUCAAUCUUUGUUGCUGUUUCUCUCUGACGAUCCGCCUCGCCUGUCUCGGUUUGGGGGAGAGAAGAAGGGUUUUGUUGUUCGAUGUCGAGCUGUGUAGCGGCUAAAUGGAUUAGACCUCCUUUUGAUGGUCGGAGGGUUUCUGAUUAUUGUGGCAUUGGAUGCAGGGGUCCUUUGUUCGGAGCUUCGCAUUCUUAUUCUAUGCCAAAUGCUCAUGAUCAGAUCUUAUCAAAAGCUCGUGUUGCUGCUGAUUACUCUGACUCAGUACCUGAUUCACCCAAGUAUGCAGAAAACCGGGGUUACCAUCCUCUUGAAGAACUGAAAGACCGUGCAAAAGACAGGGAUAGGCUACUCAGUGAUGCAGAAAUAGCCAGAACAACAGUUGAGGGUAAAAACAAAGCAUUGCUGGUUUUUCCUGGAAGGGUACACCAUGAACCACAUGGACAUGCCUCAUGGGCUGAGUAUCAGUAUGUUGUUGAUGAGUAUGGAGAUAUGUUUUUUGAGUUCUUUGAGGAUGAAAACAUCUUGGAAGAUCAUAGUGCAAGUAACCCUGUGACAGUUCUAAUUGGGUUGGAAAGUCCAAUGCAUCUGACAGGCAGAAUGUUAACUGAUGAGUAUGAUGACAAUAUAGUCAGUAGCACUGAUAUUCUGUAUGAUGAUGAGGAUGAUGAGGUUGAUGAUUUGGAGAUACCUGAUCUUCUCAUAAAGUGGGGGAUGCCAGAAGCCUUCCGUCAGAUUCAUCCUAUGUAUUUUGCCAAAAGCAUGGCAAAGGUUGUUCAAACAAAUUAUGAAAAGAAGAUGGAUUGGCCAUCAAACGGUGUUUCAAUUGUGGGGUACCUGAGGCCUGCUUUCUUUGAUGAAGAAUCCUGUAUAAGAAGAUUAUUCCAUCAUGAUGACAGUGAAGACUAUGUGUCUGACUACAGAGGUACUUCAGAUGAAACUGAAAAUGAAGAACUAUUAUCGGGAGCUUAUGAUUUAAAUGAUGAUGAAAUAUUCGACUUCCGCACCAAAAGUGAAAGCAGCAUGAGUUCCACGAUCUACAAAUUAGAGAUAAUGACAAUGGAGCUAAUUUCUGUAUAUGGUGAUCAGACCAUGAUUGAUUUGCAAGAUUUUCUAGAUGCUGAACCUGAUGUUCUUGCGCAUUCUGCCCCAGCGAUUAUAGACAGGUUUAGUGAGUAUGGAGUGCAGGGAAGCAUUGCACUUAAAGCUCUUUGCCGCAAGAAAAAGGGCCUUAUUGUUGAGAGAGCAAACUUGAUUGGUGUAGAUAGUCUUGGCAUGGAUGUAAGAGUCUUCUCUGGGUUGGAGGCGCAAACACUCCGUUUUUCAUUUAACGCUCGAGCUCUGUCUCAAAGUGCCGCAGAAAAAAAGAUCAAGCGUAUGCUUUUCCCUCGUUAUCACCGUAGAAACUCAAAAACCUCUACCGACGGUGUCAGGGACUAAAUGCUUCUCACUUUCACCUGUAACAAAGUUCUCUUGUUUUUUUUGGAAUAAGUUAUACAACAGUUUUUCUCUGCUCUCUUUUUUGUCCCUAUUUCUUUCAUGCUAUCUUCCUGCAAAUUUGUGUUUGCAUGUGAGAUAUCACUGACCAUAAAGAGUAAAUCAGUAAAUCCAUAUUUUAGGUUUUUCAGCA